UGUGAAAGGAAAGGCUUUAGGGAGCUCUCUGGCGACAGGUGCAGUCAGGUGGCAGAGUGUGUGGUGGUGCCAGUGUGACCAGUGAACCCUGCCUGCAGCAAGAUCACAGCUAGAGACCACAUCUGACCUAAAAGGAAAGGUCUUGGCUGUGAUUCCUGUAUUGCAGUCAUGGCACCAAAAAAGAAGAAUGUCAAGAAAAGUAAAUCAGAUAUUAAUGAGAUGACAAUCAUCGUUGAAGAUGGUCCUUUGAGUAAACUCAAUGGGCUUAGUGGCUUAAUUGAUGGAGGAAAUGGCUUUAGUUACAUCUCCACAGAGGUUUCUGACUCAUCAUAUGGAUCUAAUCUCAUGGAAGGGUUAAGCAGAAUGAGACAAGACAGUUUCCUGUGUGAUCUUACCAUUGGUACCAAAACAAAAUCAUUCAUGGUCCACAAGGUUGUGAUGGCAUCUUGCAGUGAAUACUUCUACAACAUUCUGAAGAAAGAUCCUUCCACUCAGCAAGUUGAUCUGAAUGAUGUAUCUCCUCUAGGUCUAGCUACAGUAAUAACCUAUGCCUACACUGGUAAAAUUACUCUGUCUUUGUACACAAUCGGUAGUACUAUAUCUUCAGCCGUCUUCCUUCAGAUAAAUGCCCUUGUGAACAUGUGCUGUAACUUUUUGAUGCAAGAAAUUAAUGUUGAAAACUGCAUGUAUGUUGCUAAUAUUGCAGAAACCUAUGCACUUAAAAGUACAAAAGAUGCUGCACAAAAAUUCAUUAGAGACAACUUCAUUGAGUUCUCUGAAACUGAUCAGUUCCUAAAGCUUACAUUUGAUCAAAUAAAUGAACUUCUUAUAGAUGAUGAGUUGCAGUUACCAUCUGAAAUUCUUGCCUUCCAUAUUGCAAUGAAAUGGUUAGAUCAUGAUGAAAAGAGAAUCAAGUAUGCCUCAAGUCUUUUAGGCAAUAUUAGAUUUGGCACGAUAUCAGCUCAAGACUUGGUUAACUAUGUCCAAUCAGUGCCAAGAAUGAUGCAAGAUACAGAAUGCCAUAGGCUUCUGGUUGAAGCCAUGAAUUACCAUCUGCUUCCAUAUCAUCAAAACACCUUACAAUCAAGAAGAACAAAAAUACGUGGAGGAACGAGAGUUCUUGUAACUGUAGGUGGCCGACCAGCAUUGACAGAAAAAUCUCUUAGCAGGGAGAUUUUGCACAGGGAUCCUGAGAAUGGAUGGAAAAGGCUCACUGAGCUGCCAGCUAAGAGUUUUAAUCAGUGCGUCACAGUGAUGGAUGGAUUUCUCUACAUUGCUGGUGGUGAAGACCAGAAUGAUGCCAGGAAUCAAGCAAAGCAUGCAGUCAGCAAUUUCUGCAGAUAUGAUCCACGUUUUAACGCAUGGAUUCACCUUGCAAACAUGACUCAGAAGCGUACUCAUUUUAGCUUGAAUGUUUUCAACGGUCUCCUUUAUGCAAUUGGUGGUCGCAAUUCUGAAGGUUCCCUAGCUUCACUUGAGUGUUAUGUGCCUUCAACUAACCAGUGGCAGUUAAAGGCACCACUGGAGGUUGCAAGGUGCUGCCAUUCCAGCUCUCUCAUUGAUGGUAAGCUCUUGGUCAUAGGUGGAUACAUUAAUAAUGCAUACUCUCGCUCUGUUUGUAUGUAUGACCCAAGUAAUGAUAGCUGGCAUGAUAAGGCAAGUCUGAGUACACCAAGAGGAUGGCAUUGCUCUGUUACACUUGGUGACAGAGUGUAUGCGAUGGGUGGCAGUCAACUUGGUGGCCGUGGUGAGAGAGUUGACGUCCUUCCUGUUGAAUGCUUUAAUCCUCACACUGGCCAGUGGAGCUAUGUUGCCCCUCUGCAGAAUGGAGUGAGCACUGCGGGUGCUUCCACACUACAUGGCAAAAUCUAUUUGGUGGGCGGCUGGAAUGAAGUGGAAAAGAAGUACAAGAAAUGUAUUCAGGCCUACAACCCUGAUCUUAAUGAAUGGACUGAUGAAGAUGAAUUACCAGAGGCAACAGUAGGAGUAUCUUGCUGUACAAUCACUAUGCCAAAUUUUAAAACACGGGAAUCCAGAGCAAGCUCGGUUUCUUCAGUGCCUGUCAGUAUAUAAGUGUUUUCUACUGACAGUGAUACAUUAAAAGAAUCCAAUGCUUCUACUAUAGCACAUUGCUUCUCAGGCAUCAGGCCAAUGUAAAAAAAAUUGAAAAAAAAG